AUGUUACUCUUGCCUUUUGAAAUGCCGGAUCAGUCGGGGGCCGGUUUAACAACGACUGCGCUAUCCAUCGGCGAUCGUCAGGAUGGAAGUGAAAAGUAUGUUACUGAGGAUCAAACAAUCAAACUUAAACUAGCGAAGAAUAAAUUCAUUACUGGGACAUGGAAUGUAAGAACUAUGUACUGUCAGGGAAAACUAAAGGAGGUAACAUAUGAAUUGAAACGUUAUAAAUGGAAUGCCGUAGGGUUAGCAGAAACAAGAUGGACUGGUGCAGGAGAGAUUACGACUGAAGAGGGUCGCAAAUUGUGGUAUUCCGGAGAGGAAAAAGAACACGUGAAAGGAGUUGGUUUCCUCGUUCAUAAGAAUAGUGUGAAAUCUGUACUGAAAUGUGCACCAAUGUCAGGUCGAAUCAUCAGUAUCAGACUAGCUGCAAAACCACAAAACAUAUCAAUUAUACAGGCCUACGCCCCAACAAAAGCAUCUGAUGAGGAUAUACUGGAACAAUUCUACAAGGAAUUAGAGGAAAGAAUCAAACAAAUACCAGGGAAAGAUAUCUUAAUAGUUCAAGGUGAUUGGAAUGCUAAAAUAGGCAGAGAUGCUUUUGAUAUUUGGAAAGGAACACUUGGAAAAUUCGGACUCAAAAAUACAAAUGAAAGAGGAAAUCGAUUACUAGAAUUCGCAAAACAGCUUAAACUGGUGGUAGCCAAUACUCUGUUUAAGAACAAGAUAACUAGAACCACCAUAUGGCACUCACCAGGAGGCAUACGUCACAACCAAAUCAAUUUCAUUUUAGUAAGUAAAAAAUACCAGUCUCGAAUAAAUGGAGCGAAGACUCGGGUAUUUCCUGGUGCUGACGUCGGUAGCGAUCAUGACCUUCUAAUGAUGACAAUGAAAGUCAAGUUAGCAAGUAGACGAACAGAAAAUCAUGCAAGGUUAUGUUAUGACAUUAAUAAACUCAAUGAUACAACAAUAAUUGAAGAAUUCAGUGCUACACUUGGUAGAAAAUUUGCACCAUUACUUCUACUAGAUAACAUACAAAACAUAUCAACAGAAAUGGAGAAGGCUGUAAAUGACACGGCAAUGGAUAUGUUGGGUACAUAUAAAAAGGAAAAACAUCCUUGGGUAACAGCGGAAGUGCUGCAGGCCUGUAAUGAAAGAAGGGCAUUAAAACCAAAUCGAAACAAAAAUCCGACAAACAGUAAGGAGUAUAACGAUUGUAAUAGAAGAGUGAGAAGAAAAAUCAAGGAAGCCAAGGAAAUGUGGAUAAACGAACAGUCAAAGAAACUGAACAGAGCAUAA